AUGGAUUAUCCUCCAAAUGAACGAGAUGCGGUUAGGAGAGCAUAUAUUUUGAAAAAGUCUUGUCAACCAAAAACUCAUGAUUUUCCUCGCAAAGACCUUGGAGGUUUGCGUCGAUUUAGUGCUUCUUGGUUUGAAAAAUGGGAUUGGCUUGAAUAUAGUAUUGAGAAAGAUGCCGCAUUUUGUUUUAUUUGCUAUUUGUUCAAGAAUGAAGUUGAGAUUAAUGUUGGUGGAGAUGCAUUUGUUAGUGGAGGAUUUAAGUCAUGGAAUGAACCCGAAAGAUUUCUGAAACAUGUUGGUGGUGUUAAAAGUGCUCACAAUCUUGCUUAUGAGAAAUAUGUAAACUUAAGAGAUGGGAAGAAAAAAUCAAUUCUUAUUUCCUUUGAAAAUGUCACUGAUGUGAUUCAAAGAGAGUAUGAAAUUCGUUUGAAAGCUUCAAUUUCUUGUUUGCGUUUUUUAUUGGGACAGGGGAUGGCAUUUCGUAGACAUAGAGAAAAUGAAGAAUCCCUUAAUAGGGGAAAUUUUCUUGAACUUUUGAAAUGGUUAAACACACAUAAUGAAGUUAUCACAAAGGUCACUUUUGAAAAUGCUCCCGGCAAUUGUCAAUUGAUAUCUCCAAUUAUUCAAAAAGAUAUUAUCAAUUGUUGUGCUAAAGAAACAACUAAGCGAAUUGUGGAGGAGCUAGGUGAUGGCUAUUUUGCUAUAUUGGCCGACGAGUCUAGUGAUGUGUCCCGAAAGGAACAACUAGCUCUUUGUUUGCGUUAUGUUGAAGGAAAAAUGGAAAAGGUGGUAGAACGAUUUUUGGGACUUGUUCAUGUUGGUGAUACCACGGCUUUGUCUCUUAGAAGUGCUAUUAUGUCCUUACUUGUUGAACAUUCAUUGAGUCCAUCCAAGAUUCGAGGGCAAGGAUAUGAUGGGGCUAGUAACAUGAAGGGUGAGAUAAAUGACCUCAAGACUUUGAUUAGGGGAGAUACUCCAAGUGCUUACUAUGUCCAUUGCUUUGCUCAUCAACUUCAACUAAUUCUUGUAGCCAUUGCCAAAAAGAACAAUGAGUGUGUUUGGCUUUUUGAUACGUUUGCAAUCUUGUUGAAUGUGAUUGGUGUUUCUUGUAAGAGAUGA